UCUCUUUCUCUCUCUCGCUCGCUGUCUCGAUAUCUCAGUUUCUCUCUCUUCCACCCUCCGAACGGCGUGUACGCGCGGUGCGUGCCGCCGGAAUCCGCGAGAUGCACGCGGCCGAUUCGCGGAGGCAGCGAUCGCGAGCGAACAUAUGAUACACCGGGCUGAAUGUCACCAGGAGCAACGUUGACAUCCGCGGAAAACGGCGACGAGUCUCGCGGCGCGGGCGGACCGUUAGGCACGUUCCCUCCGGGAACGAUCGCCGUCGCGACGUUUCUGCUCCGACUUUUACGGAUCUUCUCUAUCGUUCUCACUCUCUCGCCUUUCCGACAUUGAUGCCUCGAUUGCCACGUUACUUUCCAACAAGUGUCGUUGAAUCGGCGAUAGGUAUAGCUCGACGCACCUCUGCGAUGCCUUGAGAAAAGAAAUCCGCGCGAUGUUGGUGCUCGUCGCGAGGUGGAAAAUCGCGGGAAUCUCUGCGAACGUCUAAGCAUAUAUCGCCGGAAGGGAGGUUCGAUAGGUUUCCGGAUAUAGAGCGAUAUUACCACUAUUGUCAAGAUACAAAUGAGAGAGAUAAACGUAGUCCAGACCUACAGUAUGGUGACUACAUGUAUUUGACGUUGCGCCACAAUGGGCGCUACCGAACAAUUUUAUGCAGUGGAUCGACCUGCAAGCAUUGGUAGCACAUAAUACUGUGGAGGACAUUGUUGAUUUAUAUCACAAAACGAAAGAUACCACGGAAUCUAUUAAUCUAAACUCGAUAUAUUCUGCAAACUUAUCACCAACAACACCAUACGAUGAUAGGAUAGUGAAUUCUAACGUACUGGCUGGUACAGUUAAUGAAUCACUAUCCAAAAUAACGGGAAAUCUGCAGAAGAAACAAAAGAAUAGGCUGAGCAACUGCCAGAAGGAUUUCGGUGAAGGGACAGACUCGCUAACCAUCAGUAAAACGACGGAACCCACGUAUUCGUUCGUGAAAGAUAAAAUCAAAAUUUUGUCCGAAUCGCAGAAAGAAAUUUGUUAUGACGCAAAUAUUAGCCUGUUCAGUUGUGCGUCGAAGCGUUCAAUCGAUACGCAAGGUAUUGGAUUGAAAGUCACGUCGGACAAUAUUGAGCACGGUAAAGAACCUUGUGACCCCAAUUGCAUCACUUCUGUAGAUAACGAGCCACUUGAUUUAGUAGUAAAUUCGAAAGGAAGUACACAACGCAGCCAUACUUACAGUGAGACGAAAGAUCGACCUUGCGAUUAUCCGCAUUCGUCAGGUGUCGAUAAGAAGAUCCUUCCAGCAGAUGGUGCCAUUUCAAGACAAUUAGACCAUUCCCCUAAUGUACAGAGUUUUUAUAACGCAAAGUACAAGACAGUAGAUUACGGUUUAUUGAAGCUUUCCGAUUUAAAUGAGUUGUCAUGUAAUUCGGACAAAGGUAAAGAAUUAUUCAAGACCAUCGGUAAAUUGCAUGCCAGUAGUGGUGAGGUAAAUGGGAAGGUUAUAUCAAACGGCGAUUUGAAGCAAGAGAGUGUGCAUGUUCUGGACAAGUACGUCACGCAUGUAUUGCCAUCACGCUUAAGCGGCAGUAAAUCGACAGCAUCGUCCUGGAAAUAUUUACAGUCGAAUGUCAAAUGUAACAAUAUCAAGAAAGAAUGCUGCAGUGAGGAAGAGGUACACAAGUCAGAAAAUACCGAUCUAGUGGCCGCCUGCUACCCGAGAUUAAGCAAUUGGGCGUGUUUCGAAAUGUCAGGACAGUAUCCAGGUCAUAGCCGACCACCGGUUGGCACACCUCCACCGCAAACUGUCUGGAACCAUCUCACUAUGACGCCGGGUCAAGCUAUCAAUAUGCAUCCGACAGCGUUGUCCGGUGCUACGUUGAGUCCAGCCGGGUUCUACACACAUCCAUCCAUGGCACGAGCGUCCCAUCUAUCGUCUCAACUCACUCCGCAACUUGCUCAUACGCAAGCACCACCGACAUGGCAUACACCCACGGUUCCUUCGAAGAGCAUCACGCCGGCGAACACGCCGGGCAAUCCCCUGUUCAAUUUACAAAUGUUGGUGGACAAUCGGCAAAAUCAAAAUCAAUAUAGAAAUUCGCCUGGUUCUCAGAGCACCUUAGAUCUCUCGUCUACAUCGGAGAUCACUUCGGAGAAUUACUCUCGGAUAACUCAAGAUAUUCCCAUCAGCUUGACUGCGAGAAAUGUGGAUAAAGGUAGUCGAAACGGAAAUAUAAUCUCACCACCGAUACCGCUUAACGGGGAGACUUCGUCGGACAGCGGAAUCAGUUCGUCCGUACCGACGCCAAACUCCGUCAGUGAACCAGUCUCGCUGUCGACGAAGGAGGUCACCACUCCUAAGAUAACGGUGAAAAACUUCGAGAGCAAUCUAAAGGGAGUCGCGAAUCUUCAUGAUAAGAUUAAGGAAAUGAAUGUAGAUAAUUUUACGCAGAAAGUGAUAAAUUUGCCGCCUAGUGUAACGAUAGAGAGGGUGGUCGCGGACAAAAAGGAAUCCGAAGCUUCUACAAAAGCUAAGGAUACGUUGAGUGUUAUCGCGCAAGUGCCAAGGAACGUCUUACCUGUUAUAGUCAAUCUCACGUCCAAGAUGGAGAAAGAUGUCACGGACAGUCCUAAGCGAGAAUCGUCUUCUGAGAGGGACAGAAAGCACGAGGAAACGAGUGUGAGGUCACCUAAGAACUUGCCGAAGAGAGGCAAAAAGGGCGUCGAUUCUCUGUUGGAGAAAUUAGAAGGGGGGAAUAAGAAGCUCGGGAGUACCGAGAAUAUCGGUUCGGUGAUCGUGAUGCCGGUAGAGGAAAAGGACACGUCCAGCGUUAAAAGUAUGUCGCCGGAGAGGCAGAAGUCUAAAUCACCGACACGGGAGGAUGAGGUCGUAUCGCCGGCUUUCAGUAAUGACGACUCGAACGACAACACCAAGCAACGUAGGAAACGAAAACUGGAGAAACCUGUGAGGUUGAGCAAGGACUCGAAAACAGAGGUCGAGGAUAUGGAACUUGAACCCACGGAACCGACGGAACCGAGGAUUAUCGACCCGUUAUUGGAAGAGACAACCAGUUCCACAGUGGCGGCCGACGUUAAAACGUCGGAGGAGCAGAUUGCCAGAAGAGUGGACGAGAGAAUAUCGGACAAGACAACAAUGGACGAGAUCAUGGAGGAAAGAUCAGAAGAAAGUCGACCGAUUCGAAGGCGGAGUAGUAGCGAGGAAACCACGGCUAGUAACUCGACACUGACAAAUCAGAGAACGCGAAGAAAAUCCAGCGAGGAUGUAUUGUCCGAAUUCCCGAAAGUAAUAAGUCCAAAGGAUACAACGGCGACAGCGACGACAAAUCCUUUUGUCGAGGUCGAGUCGGAACUGGCGAAGAUGUUCGCCGGAAUCGUGGAAGCGGAUCCGGAGGUCAAAAAUGAAGAAUCAAAAGCGGAACUCGUGAGCGCGCAGAUCCAAGGCGAUAGCACCGCUGUGAAAUUCGAAGGUCUUGAAAAUAGUAUUCUACCGAUGACAGAUUCUCAGAACGUUCAGAGCAAUCCCAUCGAUGUUUCCUCCACGGUGGACACGAAACUAUCGGGGAAAAGGGGUAAGAAAGGGAAGAUGCAGGGUGGUAAGAGAAAGAUCUCUAGGUCGACAGAGAACAUUUUUGGCACGACGGACGAUUCUCCGCCGAAAGAGGUGAAGAAGAGACGGACAUCCAAAGGUUCGAAGAAACAAGACCAAGCUUCGAAGAAAGCGAAAAAAAACACCAAGAUUGACGGCCUGAGGGAGAUGGCGUAUGAUUCUGGUUCGAACGCGAGUUCGAUCAGGUCGCGAGGGCCAGUGGUUCACGUGGAGGGGCCAAGGGACAGUCCGUUGAGUAUCCAAGUGGUUAAUGCACCACGGGAAGACGAGGAGGAGAAGAGCAAAGAGAAGCGGAAAAGCGUCGGCAACGGAAACGGAGGCCGAAGCAAGAGGCUCAGUCAUCAAAACGAUUUAGAUUACAGGGGUAAAGUCAGUAGAGCAGGUCUCUUCAGUUCAACGUUGUCUUCGCGAUACGACGCGCAUACUACGGACUCGACCUGGGUCUGCGUAUUUUGCAAGCAAGGUCCACAUUCUGUUAUACCUGGAGAUCCGUCCAGACCACAUCCGAAUUUGGCCGGACCGCAUAUCGCAACUGGAACGUACACGGUUCCAGCCGGCGUGUUAAGCGAUUUAUUUGGACCAUAUUUGAUCGGCAAAGAGCGGUUGGAGGAUGGCAUUUUAUCGGCCGACGAACAAGAAAUUACAACGGAACAAAAGAAAGGCGGCAAGAACAAGAGGAGCUUGAGGUACGCGGGUCUGGCUGACCAGUUUUCCGCGAAGAUGGGCAAGAAGAAGCGGAAUUCCGUUGAAAGUAACACAAACACCAUUUUUACGGGUAUGACUCUCCAUCCCGGCGGAGAGGAACAACGUUGGGAGGUGUGGCUUCACGAGCAGUGUGCGGUAUGGGCGGCCGGGGUGUACAUGGCGGGCGGCAGAGUGACAGGAUUGCAAGAAGCUGUGUGGGACGCCGCUAAAUCAGUAUGCGACGCUUGCGGCUUGACAGGCGCGAAUAUCGGUUGCGUGAAACGUGGCUGUAAAGCUGUCUCGCAUUAUCCGUGCGCGCUGACGAAAGGCUGGCACCUCGACACAAAUCAGUACAUACCUAAGUGUAAUCUUCAUCGAGUUACGUGAAACUGCGGUGAGUCUAUGAGCAUAGGCUAAUAUGGAAGUAGGUCGUAUUCACAUUAUAUCACACUGAGAUCCGGCUUUAAUUAGAUGCACCGAAUAAUGGGCAAUAAUGUAAGAGACUAGGUAUAUAAAUCCGUUUAUGACUGAAGAUAGCCUUACUAGUUAGUAAGGUAUGUUCUAGUUAAUAAAGGAGCAAAAUAUCCUCAUGCGAGAAAAUCAGUUUGUGUGUAACGUAACCAAGUUACGUCGCGAUCGAAACGUACAUAACGGAUGCGAAAGAGUAAUCAGCGUAUUUAUAAAUAGAUACAAUUUAAAUUAAAAUACUAAAAUAUAUGACAUUAUUGUUGAUUUGAUAUUCUAUUUUUUUCUGUUCUAAUAGAUAAAUCCAUUUUUAAAUCGAUUUUUUUUUUGACGAUGAAUUGGAAUUCGACUAUAAGGUGCUUUGGGAUUGCUCCUUGCAUUAUAUUAUUUGACGCGUAAAUGUAUCAUGAAAGCAUAAAUGCAAUUAUACUAAUUUCCAGACAUCAAGUUUAGAAUCAAUAUGCUCGAGAAAAAUAUCUUCCGAUGUACAAGAUGUUUAAACGGAAACUCUGUCAACUGUUUCUGAGAAUUAUAGAAAGGAAAAAAAGAGGAAUGAAGAAAUAGGUAUUUUUCUUCGUGAUUGAAUUGAAUUUAAUUUUCUUGGCCUGUGUGGCCUUGAACAGUGGCCUUUUCGACUUUAAUAUAAAAACCAGAGAUAAAGAGCAAGAUUUUUUUUUAAUUUCGAAUUUGUAGAAUAAACGGUUCGCUAUAUCGAGGAACAAUGAUAAUCAAAAAUAAAGACGUUUGCUUUUUUUAUUCAUGUUUAUGAAGAUCUAAAAGUAUUGCCGAUUUUCUUAACAACAUCAUGUACGCAGGAAUACACAAAUAGGGCAUAUUGUAUUUAAUAAUAUCGACAUCUGUAAAAUUGUGGCAGCAAAAAUCGGAUGCAUUAUAAAUAUAGUAAGACGGAAUAAGUCAGUAAUGUAAGCGAAAAUGGAAUAUUUUCUUUUCUUUUUCGCGAAAAUUCAGCAUGUAAGGCAAGUGUUCUCUGAUGAAUAUAAAAAAAAAGAACUGUUUGUAUAUAUAGCAAGAAUAAAGGGACUAUUGUAUUAUUAAAGCAUCAUGAUUAUACUUGAAAGUUUUAGAAAACUUUGUAUGUAUUGUUUUUGGAAAAAAAUAUAAUACAUACAUAUGUUUCACGACAAGUAGCAAAGUAGUUUGAUAUAUUGAAGAAUUUGAUUUUCUUUUUGUUUAUGUCGCUCCGUGAGUCAUUAGCUCAUAUAUAUAUAUAUAUAUAUAGCUUAGCACACACGCUCGUCCAUAUAAAGUCUAUUUUUCGUUACAUUUUGAUAUUGAUAUUUCUUUUGCAGCUACUUUAUCCUGUCAAAUUUUUAUUUAAUUUUGCAUGUUAUAACGGGUUGACAAUUUCUUAUAGAGAAAUAUUUUUGUACUCGCAUCGAGCGAGAUGAUUAAAAUGAGAACACUUGUAAGACUUUAGUGCCGCUGUAUAUAAUAUAAUAUAAUAUAACAAAGAACACAUCUCGUUGCAUUCAGUGAUGCGUUUUGUAUCGCGUCACAUUCACUGUCAUUUUAUCAUCGGUCGUGAAACCAGUGAUUCAGAUCCAAUGUCUCACAUAUGAUUCAUUGUUAGUGAUUAAAUUAAUAGUUUGCACAUUAUUGUGGAAUUGUAAUAAUUAUAUUGCUGAUUUAUAUACAUGUAUAUUUUAUAUUAAUUUUCUUUUCAUAUUAAUAUGAAAAUUUAUUGUCGUCAUCUUUGCUGUCAUCAUUGUUGUCGUCAUCAUCGUUCUCAUUGUAUUUUAUAAGUGUAAGAGAGGCAGGUUUUCGCUACGACAAAUGUAAGAAUAUAACAAGCGAUUCUCUUACUACAUCAGGGAGAACUAGCAAAGAUCAAGAAAAUUGUAUAAAAAUAAUAUUAUAUAGAAAGAUACAAUGCGUGUGUGUGUGUAUGUGUGUGCGUGCGUGUGUGU